AUAUGCUUGAUUUGCACAGCUCAGCUGGUCAGAGGAUCUGAGACAUCCGUCCCCACUACAAGAAACUCACCCGUCACAGGGUUGAGCAAGAUGGAUUACCCAGUGUCAACUCCGGCCUAUGACAUUGAUUAUGGCGUAUCAGAGCCCUGCCAAAAAAUCAACGUGAAGCAAAUCGCAGCCAGGCUCCUGCCCCCGCUCUACUCGCUGGUGUUCAUCUUCGGUUUUGUGGGCAACAUGCUGGUCGUCCUCAUCCUGAUAAACUGUAAGAAGCUGAAGAGUAUGACGGACAUCUACCUGCUCAACCUGGCCAUCUCCGACCUGCUGUUCCUCAUCACCAUCCCAUUCUGGGCUUACUAUGCGGCAAAUGAGUGGGUCUUUGGAAACGCGAUAUGUAAGUUGUUCACAGGGAUGUAUCACAUCGGUUAUUUUGGCGGAAUUUUCUUCAUCAUCCUCUUGACAAUCGAUAGGUACCUGGCUAUCGUCCACGCUGUGUUUGCUUUAAAGGCAAGGACAGUCGCCUUUGGGGGGGUGACAAGUGGGGUUAUCUGGGUGGUGGCUGUGUUCGCCUCUCUCCCGGGAAUCAUCUUCACCAAAUCCCAAAAAGAGGGUUCUCGUAUUACAUGCAGCCCUCAUUACCCAUCCAAUCAGUAUUAUUUCUGGAGGAGUUUCCAGACGUUAAAGAUGGUCAUCUUGGGCCUGGUCCUGCCACUGCUUGUCAUGGUCAUCUGCUACUCAGGAAUCCUGAAGACUUUGCUUCGCUGUCGAAACGAGAAGAAGAGGCACAAGGCCGUGAGGCUCAUCUUCACCAUCAUGAUCGUUUACUUUCUUUUCUGGGCUCCCUACAACAUCGUCCUUCUCCUGAACACCUUCCAGGUCUCCUUUGGCCUGAAUAAUUGCAGUAGCUCUAACAGGCUGGACCAAGCCAUGCAGGUGACGGAGACCCUCGGGAUGACGCACUGCUGUAUCAACCCCAUCAUCUACGCCUUCGUCGGGGAGAAGUUCAGAAGCUACCUGUCAGAGUUCUUCCGAAAGCACAUUGUCAGACGCCUCUGCAAACGCUGUCCAAUCUUCCAGCAAGAAGCUCCCGAGCGUGGAGGCUCUGUUUAUACUCGAUCCACUGGAGAGCAGGAAAUCUCUGUUGGCUUGUGAUCUGGACUCGGUUUUUAUACACUGACUGAGCAGGGGAGCAGUUCUUUUGAGAAGGAAGUUACUGUCAUCGAGGGUCUAAGAUCCAUCCAUGUGGCAACUGCUGUAAGUAUAGGAGACAGUUCAAGCCCAUCAAUUCUAGAACUCUGAAUCAAAACAUGAGGGUGAAAUAGCAACCUUGUCAUCUGCCCUCCACAUACACCAACUUCUUGAUGAACUCUCCCUUCACUGCAAAAGCUCAUUAUUUAAAAAAAAAAAAUCCCCAGAGAAAUGCUGAUUCUUGAGUUUGGCUACCUGACCAGGAAUAACAAAGUGAAUCAAGGAAAAUAUUGUAUGGUUGCUUACUACACAUGGCAACGUACAGGUUGUAAAUGUGUUUAAAACAGGUGAUUGUCUUGCCAUGGGGAAGAGGCAUGAAGUGAUCUGUUAAGAAAGGACAUCUUCCUUGUGUAAUGUCCUUCUAAGGUGGCUUAAUAAGUUCCACAGGCGUUCAGGACCAGGUGAGAGCCAUUGGCUUGAUGAGAGCUGGGACAGCGUCUCCCAGGGAAGGGAUUUGAAGGGGUGGGCUGUUGGUGGAGGAAAGGGAACCUGAGCUCCAGGCUGCAGGUGCCGCCUGGGCAAAGACGUGUGACUGGUUGGGGAGGGCCCUGGGAGGAAGGACAAGGCUGGGUUAUGAGGAACCUGGACAGCACUGCUCGUCCAAGUCUGAAAGCAGAACAGGGACGCUGGCCAGUGUUGCAGAAGGCUCAUUCCAUACCCACAGGGUGACCCAGAAAGGUGAGCAUUUAGGGCAAAGAGACCAGCAACAAGGUCAGGGUGAGGAGGCCUCCACUUGGGUUGAGGCACAGGGGAUGGGAAGGAGGGGUGCAGAUUCGCAGCAUUUAGGAUGAGAGUCAGCAGAACUGGGGGAGGAUUUACGUGGGAGGUGAUAGGCACAGGGGAGUCAGAGAACCUAGGCUGCAAAAGUGCAGGUUGGAGACGUGUGGAAAAAGGAAGACGUUUAGGUGAGAAACAGGAGGGGUAGGUGAGAGAGGAAGGGUUGGUUUUGUGAGCUUACACACAUCCUGGGCUGACGGUCAGUCGUUCAUGCGCCUGCCCUCACAACACCCACCCCGUCCCAGCUCCAUCAAGAGGCAUCAGAUUUGUGAAUGCGUGAGCCUGAGGUCCAGGAACACUUCCAGGUCAGAUAUGAGACCGAGGCGCGCACUGAUGACAUAGUUAAUAGAAAUCCAGGGCUUCAUAAGCACUGAACCAAUAUGUGAAGGAAGCCCAAGUGACUAACUUUCUGCCGGCCUGGGGCACACCACUGUUUGAGUAUUAUCUUCCGGAUUUAACUAUCAGUAGGCAAAAGGGAGAAGGAACAUAUUCAUUUGGAAACAGGCUACCCCCAACUUUAUAACCCACAAAAAGUACAAUGGACCAACCUCCCUGUUUCAGGCUGAGUGUGGGGGCCUUUAGAUACUCCUUCCAGAAGCCUCUUCCAGACAAACGGAACCCAAACACUGAGGGAGUUAUUCAUUUCAAAGGGAGGACUAUGACUUUUUUUUUAGUUGCUACUUUUCUUGUUUUGUACAUGUCUGAGGCUGUUUUGAAUUUAGAGGUAGCUGAGACCAUGGUGGCAAAGAUUAGGUGAAGAAACAAGAAGGAGUGAGAAUCACUCGGAAGGUUAAGGUGUCAGAAUAAUAAGAGGUGCUACUGUUCUCAAACUCUGAAACCUGAAACUUGAGGGUUGGGGCUGUCAUGUGAAGUGACUAGAGUGCCUGUUCUUUGGCUCUUAAGGCUGAUGAAAAUGUGUAAGUAGCAUAUGACCCUAGCCUCUGGGUCAAUUCAAAGACAUCCUGAUAUCUUUGUGUGCAUAUAUAUGACAUUCCUAUGUAUAUAGAAAGUUAUAAAUUGCUUCAAAGAAAAUAUGCAUCUAAUAAAAACUACUCUAAUAGAUCGUGUUUUUGUUCUUUCAAUCAAGUGUACAUUUAGAGAAUAGCACACAAAACAAUGUGAGAGCAUUUUGUAAGCAGCUGUUUGG